UCCAUGGCGAGCAGUCCCCCCGCCGGUCAGGGCGGUUCGGGUGGCUCCAACGAUGGCGGUGGUGGUGGUGGAGGUGGAGGUUGCGGCGGCGAGGCCAUUGCUCCCCCCUCCACGCGCGUAAAGGUUCCCAUCCCGCGGUUGCGUAGAGGCAGCAAAACCCGAGAGGAUAGUUUCAUCGGCAACGCUGGCAGUCUGGGCGACGGCAAAAACAGAGUAUCGCACGCGUGCGAGCCGUGCAGACAGAGGAAGACGAAGUGUAGCGGCGAAAGACCUUGCUGUAAGCACUGUCAGGACUUCAAGAUCAGCUGCUACUACGCGGAUGGCAAACGAGACCGCGCCAAAAAUGAGAUGAUAGCACUCAAAACUCGGGUGGACAUCUAUGAGAGUCUACUGGAGCAGCUCAAGGCACAGGUGGACAGUGCUGGGCAGUUGGCCAUCACCAAGGCAUUGCAAGGUCUGCGUUCACAGGAGAGCAUAAUCCAAGUUCGAGUACAGCCUCGUGACGGCGAAUCUCUGGUUUCGGCUGGGGUCGGCUCGACGGGCUCGAUGGACCAUAUCAAAGAGGAUAUCAACAGCGACAACUCGCCCUACCCGACCGGAUACAUGGGCAAGAGCAGCGAAGUGGCUUGGAUCCAACGUGUGGCCCAGCAGCUCGCCGAGGAAGCCGAGCAGGAAUCAGCAGAUGGCGCAGGUAUCCGUACGAAAACCAGUUCCCGAAAAUCAUCCUACUCGUGCCCAUCUACUAAAAGAAUGAGCUGCGACUCAGCAAUAGUGGAUGAUGAGUAUCAAUUCCAAACGCCCGCCUACCACCUGGACGACUUGAGCGUGUCCCUCUCCGGCAGCCAGAUUGAUCCGUACCUCCUGCCCGACAAGAAGAUCGCCGAUCGGUUGAUCGAAACGUACUUCAACACCUUCCACCCGUCGUUCCCGAUCGUCUCGAAGAAGCUAUUCAUGCGCCAGUACGAAACGUUCUUCGAGACCUUCUUCCCGCCGGGAAGCUCCAGACGAUGGCUUGCCAUGCUGAACCUCAAAUUCGCUGUUGGGUCGUUGUACGCCAAGCUCAUCAACGUCGAAUGGAAGGGAGGUGACACGGAGCACCUGAAGUACUUCGGAAGGGCCAGGCUGCUGUGCCUCGACGAAGGAAGCUUACUGGAGGUUGCCGACUUGCAACAGGUCCAGAUCAUGGGGUUGACCGGAAUGUAUCUGCUGGCGAGCAACCAAACAAACAGGGCAUGGCAUGUCAAUGGUUUAGCGAUUCGCUAUGCGCAGACUCUCGGUCUUAACCUCCGUAAUGACGUUCAGAAUUUUGAUGAGGUGGAGAAGGAACUACGCGUGCGUAUGUGGUACGCGCUCUACUCGGUCGAGCACCUCCUGUGCUUCAUGACCGGUCGUCCGGCUUCGAUCCAGGACAAGGAUUGCAGUGCGCCUUUACCUCGGCCGAUGGGGGAGGGUUUCGAUGGAGCCAACGGAGCGUUGGCCUUCGAGGUGCCACUUCAACAUUUUCCAGAUCCCGAUGGUCUGAUGACUCCCUCCACAAACUCGGGGCCCGACUCGAUUACCCCUAAAUCCAGCACGCCGCCUCUACAGGGAAUCGGUUCGAAUUCCAUCAGUACACCGUCGCAUAGCACCCCUGACGCCCUGUACCUGUCGGUGGGAAUGUCCCACGCUUCGUCGGUUCCGCCCAUCCCAUCGUCUCGCGCCUCCCACACACCUUACUCCCAAUCGCCUGGAGUUCGGCCCGGCAUCCACGCUAGGUCCAGCUAUUUCCUAGAACUCACGAAACUCAAUAAGAUCACAUCGGCUGUCCUGUCGAGUCUUUACAGCGCCGACACGAUCAAACGGAGUUGGAGUGACAUCCAGGGCAUCAUAUCCACCCUCGAACUGAGUGUCAUCAAGUGGAGAGCGGAUCUACCUGCGAUAUGGGACUUUGGAAACAAGAGACAUCGGGACGUCCAAUUCGCCCGCGAGAGAAUGUCGCUAGCAUUUCAAUUUUACAACGCUCGAAUUCUUAUCAACCGGCCCUGUCUCUGUCGGUUGGAUCAGCGGAUACCGAACGAAUCGAACCGGUCACGGGAUUUCAAUCGGUCCGCCGCGGCCACGUGCAUCCUGGGUGCCCGGGAAACGAUCGCGUUGUUGCCGGAUGAGCCGAAUCCUGUCGGGCUCAUCAGCAAAUCUCCGUGGUGGUGUCUGCUGCACUACCUCGUUUCGGCCGGCGUGAUUCUCAUGGUGGAGAUAUCCAUGCGGGCAGAGCAUAACCCACAACAGGCCGAAGGACUCCUCAACGAUUCCAAGAAGGUGGUACGAUGGCUGCGGGCCAUGUCGAAGGACAAUAUUGCCGCUGAACGUUCGUUGACGGUACUCACCAAACUACUACUCAUCUCGGCGCCCAAGAUUGGCGGCGAUACGUCCGACGUCGAGAGAGAUCUCGGCGAAUCGAACUCGGCGACCACGGCCGCCAAAAAUCGGCUCAACAAUCAUGAACGCCCCAUCAACCACCUGGCCGUGCACGAUAGCGUGGCCAUGCUCGGAAUCGAAACCACGCUCGAUGAGCCCUUACACGUGCCCUCCCCGCGCUUUGCUAAUACGGAACAUCUGGGCGACGUGCAGGAUAUCUUCCGAGGACUUCUCGACGACCCAUUCCCCUUCGGCACGAUACCGAUCCAUAGCCCGUUCGACAACCUGAUGGGCAUGCCCGGCGGCGCGGCUUUCCACUCGACUGCACCCACUUCGAUGGAUGCCGCUUUCCGUACGGCACCACCGGAUUACGUCGACACGCAUGAACUCGUGUAUGCGGCGGACAAUCACCAUCCUCCUCACGACGAUGACGACAUGCACGUACAGAUGCAACACCACCACGGGCAGCACCAGCAGCACCCGCUCCAGAACCACGAUCAGCAUCACGUGCAGCACCACUGCCAACACGAGGAAGUCGGUCGAACGAACGAGCGCAUGCAAAAGAGAUUAUCGCGAGGAGUCUCGAACAUCAUCAUGCCGCCACCGCCGCAAUUUCCCAAGUGGUCGACGACGGAUGAAUACGGCAUGAGCCAUAUGGGAUCCUCGUACGACUCGGGCGUCGAGCGUGCGCGCGCCGAUCUGAUGGAGGCCAACGAAUCGAUAAAUUCCAACAAUGUCGAGUCGCCGCUAUCUGCCGAUAAGUCGAGGAAGCGCGGAGGAGAGCAGCUGGCUUGGCCCACAAUCUGAGUGUCGUCUCUUCGACAGAGUGGAGUGGGAUGUGAGAUGAAAAGUUCGUGAUGGUUCUGUGGGAGGGGCGGUUUUUUUUCUGUUUCCUUUUUUCUUCUCUUUUACUUGGUACUCGGUAUACGUGUUAAUUGCUCGGUUUAUCAUGGAGGGGGGGGGUUAUGUUUGCCGUCUCAUUUCUCGAUCCAUUUCUCGAUAUUUGUCAUGGUCCUCGUCCGCAUAUUCCCACUGCUAUACACCUCUCUCCUAUUUAUUUAUUUUUUCUUACUUUUUUUUUUUACUUUUUCGGUAA